GCACUUUGCGUAUUGUAGUCGACCAUCUCUUCCCCCAACCUCAACCUCAACCCUCUCUUUCAGCCCCACUUGUCAUCAUUUUCCGUUGACUGACCAGGAGCGAAUCCUCCUCCGUCCUUCUUGCCGGCGACCGCUCCGACCACGUGCAUCUGGUGAUUACUGCGGAGGAUGCGCUGAAUCUGGCUUUCGUUGAACCCGUAGUUGGAUUGGAUUUCCAGCCGUCUACUGUGAGUGAGUUAGGGUUUCUGGCGAUUUCGGGCUCGUGCGGAGGUUAGAGGUUAUGAUGAUUUUGGCUGUGUGGAGAUUUGUAAAUCUGAAAUAGUAGUAGCUUGGUGGUUAUUGGUGAGGAAGUGCUUGUUCUUCGUUGGUCAAAUUUGGUAAUGUUUAUGUGUCGGUUGUGAUUGAUUUUGAGCUGUGGAAAUUAUGAAGAGGUUGAGGUCGAGUGAUGAUCUGUACGCAGAGAAAGGUGUGGUGAAAGAUUGGGGGAGACGAGAGGAGGAUUCUGGUUUGCAGCGUUCAUCUUCGUCUGUACAUAGAGGUUCUUAUUACAAGUCGUCUGAUAAUGGGAAGAAGGUUCUUUCCUCUUCGACAUCUAGGUAUGAUCGAUUUGACGAUGAUAGGGAGAGCUCGAGGUUGAGGAAGCGAUCUGACUAUGAUUUGGACAAUUACGAUCGGCGGAAGAGUUAUGACAGGCAUAGAGAUGGGAAUGAGAGGGGUAUUUUGAGCUCUUCGCCUAGGGCUGGGUAUGGAAUGGAUCCUAUGUAUCGUGCCGAGAGCUUUUCAGGGGCUAGGAGGGAUUUUCCCAAGGGGUUUAGGUCGGAGAGAGACAGGACGAAGAGGGAGGGCAUUGCAGCUUCGUGGCGGAGAUUUGGGUGUGGAAAAGAUGGAGAUGAUGGCUCGAGGAGUAGCCAUGAGGUAAGCAGAGGGAGUCGAAUGGAUGCGAAGGAUGUUGGGAAAGCAGCAAAGUCUCCGCAGGGUGUCAGGGAUGCGAAUGCGAAGUCGCCGGCUUGGUCUAAGGACUCUGAGAGUGAACGGUCGAAGAGUGUGGAGUGCAAGAAAAAUGAGGAAAUGCCGGUUGAGAGUGACGGCCACAGCAGUGAACGAGAGGAAGGAGAGCUGGAACCUGAUCCUCAACCCCUUGCGCCUUCGACAGAGCCUGCGGAAGAUGAAGAUGGUAGUGAAUUGAACUCCUCUCAUAAGGGACACGACAAUGAACACCUCUCGGAAUACACUGGAAAGUAUGAAGAUGUGCGCGACAAUGGUAGCUUCAAAGAGGGACAUGUGAAUGAGACGGGAAGCGUUGCGGAGCAAGCAGAAGAUGCUAAGAGCAUCGAAGAUGUUGUCAACAAAAGUAGCGGCUUGCAGAGCUGUAAGGAUACGACGUCUCGAGAGGGAGGUGGAGGCAAAUAUGAUACAAUCGACACAAAAAGAGAAAAUGAAGUAGUAAUGGAGGACAAAAGGGAAGACUCUUUGGAGGAAGUUGCGGACAAUACAUGUGGCGGCAAGUUACCGUCAGUAAAAGAGACAAGGGAGGAAAAGAGUGUUAAUAUUGAGGCGAAGCCGGACAAAGCUGUUGCGGCUGAGGACUUGGAAACAGCAGCAGAGGAGGAAUUGCAUACGGAGAAAGCAAUCCAGCCAUUGAAGGAUAAGGGCAAAAGUGUUGUUUCGCUGCCGUCCAGCAGUGUUCAUUUUGCAGAAACUAAUCUGGAAGCUGAAAACAAAAUGAGGGAUGUUGCAACGAGUGGAGACAAUGAAUUAGAAGGCCCAAGUACGAUGGGAUUCCAAUUUCUAUCCACAGAUCCUAUUAAAAAGCCGGAGAAAGUUGAAGAAUUUAUGCAUAGCAGGCUUAAAGAUGAUAAAUUAACUCUCGACCUGUCUCUCAGCUUACCGAAUGUUUUACUGCCUAUUGGUUCUCAGAACAGAGGGCAGGCUCCUGGUUCUCCCAGCCAUGCCAGAAGCGUCCAAUCAUUGGCUAGCUCAUUUCGGACUAAUUCUGAUGGAUUUACUGCUUCUAUGUCGUUUUCUGGAUCACAGCAAUUCACUCACAAUCCAAGCUGCUCCCUGACUCAUAAUGCGCUUGACUUUGAGCAAUCUGUUGGCAGUAAACCUUUGUUUCAAGGAGUGGAUUGGAAAGCUUUGGCAUUAGAGGAGAGUAAGAGCAAAGAGGGUCCUCCGUCAUAUCAGGGAAUGGGAAUGCUGUCGAGAGACAAUGGGUUGCACCUUCUUCAGUCUCAAUUAACUCAGGGAAACUCCAGCGGACAAGGAGGGGUAUCCCAUCUGAGAGCUGCUGGUGGUAGCUCUAAAUUGCCGAAUGGACUUGAAAGGCAAUUAAGUUUUAAUAAAAAUUCAUCCGCGUCACAGGGUUUUGUCGCGUAUGAAAUUGGACCUGGACCGGAAUAUUCCAAGGAUAGGAAGAAACUGAUGGCUGAGAAAUACGGUGCUAGUUUGCAAAGGAGCAACGAUCCUGAUGGGAAGGAGCAAAUUGGAGCCGACUUUGCCGAGUCCAUAGUUACGAUGAUCGUGUCCGAACCUCUAAACACAAUGGCGCGUAGGUUUAAUGAGAUGACUGGGAAGCACGUGGAAUGUGUUAAGGAGUUUGUUGGAGGCAUCAUAUCGAAUCCAAGCAAGAAAUGGCAGCUAAGUGCUCUGCAGAAGGCUGUGCUUAAAAGGCAGGAUCUGACACUCGACAUGCUGCUGAACGCACAUCGAACUCAGUUGCAGAUCUUGGUGGCUUUGAAAACAGGGCUUCAAGAGUUUCUUCUGCAGAAGAACAUCCCGGCAUCCGAUUUGGCAGAGAUAUUUCUGAACAUGAGAUGCAAGAAUCUCAGUUGCAGGAGUCUUCUGCCUGUGGACGAAUGCGACUGCAAAAUAUGUUCUCAGAGGAACGACUUUUGCCGGGAGUGCAUGUGUCUCGUGUGUUCUAAGUUUGACAUGGCGUCUAACACGUGCAGUUGGGUUGGGUGCGACGUGUGCCUGCACUGGUGCCAUGCCGAUUGUGGAUUACGAGAAGCUCAUAUCAGAAACGGGCGGAGUGCAACUGGUGCCCAUCGCACUUCCGAAAUGCAGUUUUAUUGUGUUGCUUGCGAUCAUCCUUCGGAGAUGUUUGGUUUCGUUAAGGAGGUUUUCCAGAACUUUGUGAAAGAAUGGACUGCAGAAAACCUUUCGAGAGAGCUUGAAUAUGUAAGAAAAAUAUUCGCAGCCAGCGGGGAUACGAGAGGGAAACAGCUGCAUGAAAUUGCCGUCAGGAUGCUGUCUAAAUUGGCCAAUAGAGCAGCAGAUCUCCAGGAGGUGCAAACCCGUAUUGUCAACUUUUUCACCGAAACUGAUUCAGAUAGACCUGGCAACAAUCCAGUCGAGCCCAGAAACGAGUUGGCGACAAAAACCCAAGAAGGGGGCAACGGCAACGGCAUUGCAGGGUCGAGCCAAGGUGGGGGGUGGAUGAAGUCGAUUUAUUCAGAGAAGGGUCUCCUCCAGUUGGAAAAUCCGGUGAAUUUGCUCGCUGCCAUUGACGGCGGCAACAGGAAUGAUAAGUACGUUGACAUUCGGAAACCCACAGAAAAGGAACCUAUAUUGGACGAGCUGGAGAGCAUGGUGAGAAUAAAACAGGCGGAGGCGAAGAUGUUUCAGGCACGUGCGGACGAUGCGAGGCGGGAAUCGGAAGCCCUGAAGCGAAUCUCGGCGAGCAAGAGCGAAAAGAUCGAGGAGGAAUAUUCGGGUAGAAUAAGGAAGCUGCGGGUGGGGGAAGCGGAGGAGAUGCGGAAACAGAAGGUGGAGGAGUUGCAGGGGGUGGAGCGGGCGUAUGAGGAGUAUUUCAACAUGAAAAUGAGGAUGGAGACCGAUAUCAAAGACCUGCUGCUGAAAAUGGAAGCCACCAGGAGGAACCUCACCUCCUGAUCCACCUCAUCGGUUCUUCCUCCAGGUAUGCCCUUUUUAGUUUUCUUUCUUUAUUAAUUUAUUUCUUGCUUUUAUGUCUUGUAGCCUUAAUUAGAAUAGAGAAUAGAAUAGAGUAGAGCGUGGUGGUGUGAAUUGGUGGUAGUAGUAGUAUUAAUGUUAAUUACGACUUCUUCUUCUUCAAUCGGUGCUUAUCUUAUCUUGUUCUUUGUUUGUUUGUGUUGGAUAUUAAAUAUGUGAAAAAGGAAGAUUGUCCCACAUUGGAAACACAAAAUAAUUCAAUCUUUCA